AUGAGUGGUUAUCUCUGGAAAUACUAUUUCGAAGAAGAUGUCGACAGUUUCCGGCGCCUCCUGGAAUCUGCCGCCCAUACUUCGCGUGCAGGAACACAGAAAGGCUUCACUGGCUGGCCGGGAGGAGGUCAUGGUGCUGCCCUGAACAGCAGCCCCGUCAGCUAUGGAGCCUCGCCCAUGUUGAGCGCCAAAGGCCGAAAGGUCGCAGGCGCAGCUACCACAACUCUUUCCCGCUCCGACAUCAACAGCCGUGAUGGGGUGGGUAUGACGAUCCUGCAUCACGCCGCAACCUCUGAAUCUGAAUCCGCCAUCGGUUUUGCCCAGGCACUUUUAGAGCAUCCCUUGACGGACUUGUACAUUCAGGAUGCCGAAAAUGGAUGGACAGCCUUGCAUCGAGCCUUCUACUUCGGGAACAUUGCUAUUGCGCGUCUGAUUCUCAACCGCGACACCCAGGACAUCCUCGGCCACGGCUCGGGCGGAUUUAACCAGCAUGCCCGAGGUCUUGUUAAGAUCAAGGACAAGGAAGGAUACGGCCCACUAGAUUUGUUCGCGCUGACCAUAAAGGACCGAACGCUGGGGCCAGAGGAUGGGCCGAUACAAGACUCCAAUUCAGACGAUGAGAUGACUCAUGGAGAUAGUGGGGAUAGGGAUGAUGAGAUGCGGAAGCGGUUGAUAUCUCCUCCCAUCCUUCUCAGCGGCGACGAGGUGUAUACCUUUGGCAGCAACAAGAACGUAACCCUUGGCUUUGGUGACCAGGACGAUCGGCAAUUUCCAGAACGCAUAGUUCUGAGGCGUCCCGACCACCUUCUCCAGAGGUUCUAUAGGGAGCACAAGGAAAAAGAAGCUCAAACUUGGGCCGCCUUGAAUCUACCUCUGCAGGACUCGGGAUUUCUCCAGCCAAAAGCUAUCGCCGACCUGCCGACGCACAUUCGCAAUACACCCAUCGUUAUUCAAGACGUGCAAAUGAGCAAAUUACACACUGCCGUCUUGACGACCGAUCCCGUGUCGAACCUCUAUGUCUGCGGCCAUGGUCCGGGAGGUCGUCUUGGCACUGGCAAUGAGACUACGAGAUAUCAGUUCACCUGCAUCGAAGGCGGCGGUCUAGGCCAGAAGAAGGUCGCUGCAGUUGCUCUGGGUCAGAAUCAUACGCUGGCUAUCACUGACGAGGGCGAGAUCUUCUCAUGGGGUAACAACGCAUUUGGCCAGCUAGGCUAUACGCUUCCAAAGCCCAGUGUCAAGGAUGACGACCCCAUCUCCACUAUUCCCCGCCAAAUAUUUGGGCCGCUCAAGAGAGAGCUCGUAACUGGAAUAUCUGCAUCCCGAAUUCAUUCUAUCGCGCAUACCGCGACGUCUCUCUACACGUUCGGCAAGAAUGAAGGGCAGCUAGGCAUUGUUGACUCUGAUGCGCGGUCACUGGAGAUGCAGAUCAUCCCUCGAAAGAUUGCAGCAUCUUUGUUUUCGGCACCGAUCGCGUCUGUGUCGGCCAUCGACGGCGCUUCGAUUUGCUUGUUGGAGAAUCGCGAGGUCUGGGUUUUCGCCAACUAUGGUUACGCGAAGCUAAACUUCCCCUUGGAAGGCUUCGCCAACACGUUUCUCAAAGAAAGUUGGCUUACAACAAAAUACGACACCACGCCGAAUAAGGUCAAGAAGAUAACGUCUGGUGGGGACACGAUCUGCGCGCUGUCAACUUCAGGAGAAGUUUUCACCGUGGCUGUCAGCCGACGCUCAGAAGGAAGUCAGGAUGCGACUACGUCGACCACCAACCCGAAACAGAUUCGCGGUGCACUAUCACAUCCCUAUCGGAUCUGGUCUGCCAAGAAGGGGCAUAUGGUUGCUAGAGAUGUGGAUGUGGAUCAGGAUGGGUCCAUCAUUCUUACGACAGAAGCGGGUAGCGUCUGGCGGCGUACCAAGCGAGCAACUAUCAAAAAUACGAGUGCCACCGUUACUGCUGAGCAAAGGCCGAAGGAUUACAAGUUCCAGCGAGUACCGGCCCUGACUCGAGUCAUUGCAGUGCGGGCGUCCGCAUAUGGUGCUUACGCUGCGGUACGAAAGGAUUGCGAUGUAACGAGGACUCAGAUUGGGGUCGACGAGCCUACUUUGUGGAAAGAUAUCGCGCCACUCCUCUCAUGCUAUGAACUGUCGCACUACGAAGAGAAGUCCGACGACGAAGAUCCUACUCCCAGGUUUUGGCAGCGUCCUUCUGGAGCGCAGUCCCUCCGCAAGCGUGCGCUACUGUCUGCAGACCUGGAAAACGAGGUGAGCGAUAUUUUAGAGCGGACUCUACUUCCGUCAGGACCUACGUAUGACAUGGAGCUUGGUACCACCCUUUCAGACGUUCGCAUUCCUGUCCACGAAUUUAUCAUGUCGGGACGAAGCCGCGUACUUAGGGAGGCUAUGGCCGAUUUUCAUUCUCAAGAAUCCGAGCUGGAAUUACCCGAACUCCUGAUCGUAAAGCAAAAUGGAGAAAAGAUCACAGUCCUUUUUCAUGGCUUGGAUUUCUUGGCCGUUUUCAACCUAGCUCUCUAUGUGUAUACGGACACAAUCGUCGAUUUCUGGAACGUUACACGACAAUAUCCCCAGAUGGCGCACAGAUAUCGUGCUAUCCGAAUCGAGCUCAUGAAGAUGGCUUCACGACUCGAAUUGCGCCAACUCGAACCAGCUGUACGGCAGAUGGUCAAUCCCCGGAGAUCUAUGAACAUGGACCUGGAGCUGGCUCUCAAAGAUCCGACCUUUCUCGACAGUGGUGACGUCAUCAUCGAACUUGCAGACGGGGAAAUGCUACUCCAUUCAGAUCUCAUUUGCCAGCGAUGCCCGUUCUUCGAAGGCCUCUUCAGAGGACGUGCUGGGGGCCAAUGGCUUGCUGGAAGACGCACCGAGGAGUCGCAGCUCGUCAGGAUUGACCUCACUCACGUGGAAACGCACCUGUUCGAACUUGUUGUCCGUCAUUUAUAUACCGAUGCUGGAGAAGAGCUCUUUCACGACGUUACGAGCGAGGACCUGAACGAUAUGCUCGCUCUCGAUGAGCUCCUGGAUCAUGUCAUGGAUAUAAUGUCCAUCGCGAAUGAGUUAAUGUUAGAUCGACUGUCGCAGAUAUGCCAAAGACUGAUCGGUCGUUACGUCAACGCUCGGAACGUUUGUUCCCUUCUGAACGCUAUCGCCCCUAGCUCGGUUGCAGAAUUCAAAGACGCUGCUUUGGAGUAUGUGUGUCUCAGCCUGGAGGCAGUCAUGCAGAACGGCUCUCUCAGUGAAUUAGACGAUGAUCUCCUCAUGGAGUUGAACCAGGUCGUCCGUGAAAACCAGCUCGCAUAUCUACCGUUCGCAAGGAGCAGGCGGGCAGAGGGCCUUCUAUUCGAUAAAUAUCCUGAGCUCCCGGAGAGGAUCGAACAUGGAAAGCGGGCGAAGAUCGACGCGAUUGUUCUUUCAAACAAGUUCUCCGGAGGUGAUGGGUUUGCCUCGACCUCCUUCCGAGCACAAAGCUUAGAAGAGCUCUCAACUUCUCCGUUGAGGCAACGAAAUCGCAGGAGAGCCUCUCGAGAAGGAAAACCCGAAGCUGAAAGCCCAGCUGCAGCCAAAGCACUCAAAGGCAAAGGCUCCAUCUCUGACCUUAUGUUUGAGAUGUCAGAUGGUGAGGAUGGAGAGGUCGGACAGGAGACGAGUAUCAAGCCCCCUCGAUUCACUGAACAUGUGGCAGCCAAGCAACCCGUAUCCACACCUAUGGGGUCUCCAGACGAGCCAUGGCCCCAAGUAAGCAAACAAAAGGGUCCUCCACGUGAAGGCUUGUCGCUCGACGAGAACAUUAACCCCUCGUCGCCCCGUCCACUGCCGAUGAGGACUAAGAAUCUGAGAACGCCAGGGCAACCAUGGGGAGUUUCUUUAUUAGCAGGAGAGAAGCUUGGGUUGAAAGACAUCAUGGUACAGGCUUCAAGUGACAAACCCUCGAACUUGACACUUGGACUGUCCCAGCAAGAGAAAGAUCAGAAAGCCGCGGGUUCAUUUCAGUCCAAGAUGUCUCAGAAGGAACGCAAGCGACUUCAACAGGCUCAACAGCUCGGGCAGCCUACUACCGUUCAGAAACCCCAGCCGGCUCCUCCCACGGUGUCGCCAUGGCAGGCAUCGUCACAGAGAAAACCUAGUAGUAGUCCUGCUCUCACACCCUCUCCGCAGCCCCCGCAGACUGUCAGCACACCUCCGCUGACAAUGCGCCAAACCGUCGCGAAGAGAGGAGCAGCAUCCAAACAAAAGGAUCAACAGACAACCGGACCACCUUCAGCGACUGCUUCUGCUAGCGGUCCGUCGUCUCAGAACCGCCCAGCCUCAUCGUCAGAACGCGGAAUGUCAGUCGAUACCACGCCCAUUCCGGUUCCCCGUUCCGUUCGUCACAUUCCUCUUCCCUCUCAUUCGCCAACCUCGCCUAGCCAGCAUCUUAGCAUGACAGAAAUUCUGUCCUUACAACAAGCCGAGAAAGACUAUGUUCGGGAUGCAGCGGCAAAACGUAGUCUCCAAGAAAUCCAACAGGAACAGGAGUUCCAGGAAUGGUGGGAUCAAGAAAGCAAGAGGGUGAUGCAAGAAGAGGAACAGAGAAAGCGGGCCGAAGAUAGGGCAGCUAGAGCCAACAGGGGCAGGGGCAAGAGCAGAGUUGAUCGAGGCAAAGGAAAGUGUAAAGAUAAAAAGGACGGUGACGAGGCCUCCGACCGGGGGAAGAGCAGUAGGGAUGCCAGCCAAGCGCCUAUGGUACAGGAAGCUUCUACGUCUUCUCAAGUGCCCAAGCAAGACGAGAAGGCACGAAGGAGAAAAGGCCAGCGAGGGGGCCGCGGAGGUGGACGAGGAGGCAGAGGGCAGGGAUUGGGCUCGACGAAUGUGAAGUAA